CAAGAUUAGUGGCUCUUACUGAGUUGGAGAGUAGCAUACAUCGUUCCGUCAAUAUAGAUAUAUUCUGACGGUAGAUAGCAGAAUCAUAGAUAGAGAAUGGCUCCCGUCAGUGAAAAAGAGGCUGCGGUUGCGACAGAAUCAGCAAAGACUGUUGCCACAAGCUCAAAUAAAGAUCAAAAGAAGAAGAAUGAAGAGGAAGAGUUAAAUGAAGAAGACCAGCAAUUGAAGAAUGAAUUGGAGAUGUUGGUUGAACGGUUGAUGUCUUCUCAAACUGAGCUUUACAAGCCUGCUUUGGACAGCUUGAAGACAUUUAUUAGAGAAUCAACAUCGUCCAUGACUGCUGUUCCGAAGCCAUUGAAAUUCUUGAGACCUUUCUAUCCUUCCUUAAUCCAAUUAGACCAGUCGUGGAAGGACAAGGAAUUGUUGAUGCAGCUUUAUGACGUCCUUUCUGUUUUGGGUAUGACAUACUCCGAAGAAGACGGUGAAGAGUAUGUCAGAGUGUGUUUGAAGUACAGAUUGAAAAGUCACAUUGAUGACACCAUGAGCGAAUGGGGACAUGAAUACUUAAGACACUUGUCUCUAGAAAUUGGUGAUGAGUAUGAGGCCGGUUUGGAUGCCGGCGAACCAAAAGACAAGCUUGUUCAAUUGAGCAGCAUAAUUGCCCCUUAUUUCUUGAAGCACAACGCUGAAGCUGAGGCUGUCGAUUUGUUAUUAGAGAUUGAAGAAGUUGAGAAACUAUCCAAGUAUGUUGACAAAAAUACAUAUAAAAGAGUCUGCUCCUACAUGGUUGCAUGCGUCCCAUUGUUGGCACCGCCAGAUGAUUUGGCUUUCCUUAACACAGCUUUCACCAUCUAUUUAGAAAACAAUAGAUUAACUGAAGCCUUAACGCUUGCCAUCAGAUUGGGUGACGAGUCCUUGGUGAAGUCUGUUUUUGAGUCGACAAAUGAUGUCUCUGUCCAAAAGCAAUUGGGAUUCAUUCUUGGUAAGCAAAAUUACGGCUUUAGUGUUGAGAACGAAGAAGUCCAGCAAUGUAUCAACAACAAUCACAUGCAUAGAUACUUCCAAUACUUGGUCACCGAGUUGAACUUGUUGGCACCAAAAGUUCCAGAAGAUAUAUAUAAAUCUCAUUUGGAGACAUCUUUCUAUGCUUCAUCCUCCAAAUUGGAGAGUGCAAAGCAGAAUCUCGCUGCUGCUUUUGUGAACGGUUUCUUAAACGCCGGUUACAGUGACGAAAAACUCAUAUCAAAGGAGAAAUGGGUUUACAAGACAAAGGAUGAAGGUAUGCUAUCUACUGUUGCUUCUUUGGGUCUAGUGAAUUUGUGGAACGUUGAAAAUGGCUUGCAGUCAUUGGAUCAAUUCCAGUAUAAUGAAAAUACGAAACUCAGAGCAGGUGCUGUUUUGGGAAUGGGUAUUUCAACUAAUGGUGUUCAUGAUGAUGUCGAAUCAACCUACUAUUUGUUAGAAGAAUUCGUUCACAAUAGAGAAAGGGAUGAUGAGUUGAUUGUUACAUAUGCAAUCACUGGUCUUGGUAUUGCAUAUGCUGGAAGUGAAAACGAAAAUGUUUUGAACUUGUUAACCCCAAUUGUUAGUGACUCAAACUAUACUUUGGAAAUUCAGUCAUUGGCGGCUUUAUCCUUGGGUCACACUUUUGUGGGUACUUGCAAUGGCGAAAUUACUGAUACUAUUCUUCAAUCUUUGUUAGAUAAAGAUCCAACUCAGUUAGCAUCCAAAUGGAUCAGAUUCAUGUGUUUGGGUCUCGGUUUAUUAUACAUGGGCAAGUACGAUCAAGUCGAUGAUGUCCUUGAAACCAUUGAUGCGAUUGAGCACCCAAUUUCCAAAUCCUUAAAGGUUCUUAUUAAAAUUUGCUCCUAUGCUGGAACUGGUAACGUGCUACAAAUCCAAGAAUUAUUGCAAAUGUGUACUACCAAGCCUACAGACAGCAGCGAAGAUGAUGAAGAUGACGAGGAUGAUGAAGAUGACAACGACUUUUACGAGAUGGAGGCAGCAGCCGAUGCAGAAGUUGAUGCAGAACUCGACAACGAUGGGGGUGUGAUGGAGACUGAUAACCAAGAUAAUGUUGAAAUUGCAGACAUGCCUGUUGAUAUCGAAAACAAUGCCAUCGAAGGAGGAAGUGACCCUACUGUCAAGCCAAGCAUCGAAAAGGGAGAGGCCAAAAUUGAGGACAGCAAAACAGAAACUGUCAGCAGCGAGGAAGCGUCGGACGCAAAGAAGGAAGACGAUUUGGCUGAAGAUGACCUCUACCAGGGGUUUGCUGUUCUAGGUCUCGCGUUGAUUUGUAUGGGUGAAGAGAUUGGACAAGAAAUGUCUAUACGUCAUUUCGAGCAUUUGAUGCACUAUGGCAAGGCCAUAAUAAAAAGGGCUGUUCCACUUGCUAUGGGUUUGGUUUCUGCUAGUAAUCCACAAAUGAAUGUGUUUGAAACGCUUUCCAGAUACUCCCAUGACCAAGACAUGGAGGUUGCUUACAACGCGAUUUUUGGUAUGGGACUAGUUGGAGCUGGUACCAACAACGCCAGAUUGGCACAACUUCUGAGACAGCUAGCUUCCUACUACAUCAACGAUCAGAAUGGACUAUUCGUUUCCAGAAUCUCCCAAGGUCUGAUCCACUUGGGUAAGGGCACACUCACGGUGAGUCCGUUCUCCAUCGACAAGCAAAUUUUAUCCAAGGUCUCACUUGCCGGACUCCUUACGGUCUGUAUAGCAUUGCUCGACCCUAAGGCUUUCAUUCUAGACCAGAACUCCAACCUCCUCUACUACCUAACACCAGCCAUCAGACCACGUAUGCUAGUCACUGUUGAUGAGAACUUGGAGCCAAUAAAGGUCAACGUACGAGUCGGACAGGCCGUCGACACCGUCGGUGCUGCUGGUAAGCCCAAGACAAUCACAGGAUGGGUGACGCAUUCCACUCCGGUCUUGUUAGGCUUUGGAGAAAGAGCAGAGCUCGAAACUGACGAAUAUCUUGCAUACGCCUCAUCCAUGGAAGGUGUGGUCAUCUUGAAGAAAAACCCGGACUACGUAAGUUACGAAUGAGUCCUCGAGAGUGUAUAGUGUGCUGUGCGUCACCGUUCACAGCUUGGUUGUAGCAGCAAAGUAGAAUGUCUAUAAAGUAAGGUAACAUCCAAAAGUUAUACACAUAACCCAAGCCUAAAAGACUAAACGGGCCAUUUCAGUCAAUUCGCGCCGAUCGGCCUA